CACACAGAGGAGGGAACGCCGCCGCCGCCUCCGAGUUUCUUCCCCUCCCUCGCUGCUGGAUCGAUCGCUGCGAUGGCGCGGCCGCGCGGCACGACGAGCACGGGGCGGCACCGCAUCGAGAUGACCCUCAGGCCGGACAAGAACAGCCGGCAGGUCACCUUCUCCAAGCGCCGCGCCGGCCUCUUCAAGAAGUGCUCCGAGCUCGCCAUCCUCUGCGGCGCCCGCGUGGCCGCCGUCGUCUUCUCCGAGGCGGGCAACGCCUUCGCCCUCGGCAGCCCCUCCAUGGAGGCCGUCCUGCGCCGCUUCGACGACGGCAACGACGCCGGCGCCCUCGUUCCUGCCGCUGAGGACGACGACCGUGAGGCGCUGGAGGAGUUGUAUCGGGCCAGGGAGGCGACCGCGGAGCAGGUGGCGUCGGAGAUCAAGUGGAUGAAUACCAUCGGGGACAAGGUGGUCAAGGCCCAGAUGGGGAGGCGGUACUGGUGGGAGGCCGACGUGGAGGCGCUCGGGGAGGCCGAGCUGCCGGAGUUCGCCCGCGCGCUCGACCGGCUCAGGGCCAACGUGCGCCGCCACGCCGACAAGCUCCGCUCCUGAUUCUUUUGGCUUAAUUACUAGGCUUGUGCUUGCUUAAUUACGUGGUGGUGGUGGAAGCUUAGCUUAGCUGCUAUCAUGCACGAGUUUGGUAUGAAAUCUGGGUUUGGUUGAAGAGAGGCAAUUAACAGGGUUGGAAUUGGAACUUGAAACAUGUUGCAUAUGGUCAUGUCUUUCCCUAUGAUGAAGGUCUGUCCUUAGUUUUAUGUAGGCCAUGUUCUUAUCUACUGUACCUUUCACUGUAGUGAUGCAUGGUUCUGUUAUGAAUUAAGAGGGCUGGAAUUUGAAACAA